ACUCUCGCGUGGACACGCGUAAUCGCACCGUCCCGUUAUUCCAGUUUUUCUGGGAACCACCCCCCCCCGACCAAGCCUAGCCGACCCUGCGGUCCGAGAUGUCCCAGCUCCCAACAAACACUAGUGUCCCGCAGACGGGCGCGGCGAGUGGCGACAGCGGUGUCCCGCAGGCGGAGGUAGGCGGCGGGAGGCGGGAGCCGACCCCAGCGCAGCCUGAGGAGGUCCGGGGAGGCCCGAUGGCGGCGGCCAGGGGAGGCCGGAUGGCAGCGGCUAGGGAAGGCCGGGUGGCGGAGGCCAGGGGCGGCCUGGCGGUGGCGGCGGCCAGGGAAGGCCCGGCGGCGGCGGCUGCGGCGGCGGGGUCCAGGGACGCCCGGAUGGUGGAGGUGGCGCGACUGUUGGGGGAACCGCUGGAGGAGGAGGCUCCCGAACCCCGGCCGCGGUCCAGAUCGAGCAUCGCCGGGGGCCUGGCCGCGCUACCCUACCUCCGCCUUCGCCAUCCUCUGAGCGUCCUGGGCAUCAACUACCAGCAGUUCCUCCGCCACUACCUGGAAAACUACCCGAUCGCGCCGGGCCGGAUCCAGGAACUGGAGGAGCGCCGCCGGCGGUUCGUGGAGGCCUGCCGAGCCCGCGAGGCGGCUUUCGACGCCGAGUACCUGCGCAACCCGCGGAGGGUGGACUUCGACAUCCUCACAUUCACCAUCGCGCUGACCGCGUCCGAGGUCAUCAACCCGCUGAUUGAAGAACUGGGCUGCGACAAGUUCAUCAACAGAGAGUAGAGGAGGGAGGGGACGCCGCGACAAGGCCAGUGUGUUGAGAAGGCUGGGGAACAGCAUCCGAAAAGAGAGAGGGGACUGGGUGCCGCUCAGUGGUUACGGCGCUUGCCUGGCACGCGCCGGCUUCCGUCCCCAGCGCCGCACCCAGAUGCCCAAAGCGCACCUGUGACGUCCCUUUCAGUUUGUGGUUGAUCCAGAUUCUUUCCCCCUUCCUCCGCCUUAUGGAAAAUGCCCUUCAACGUGAUUUCGUUAAAAAGUAAAUGGAUGGCUUUUGUGAAAUUGAGACUUGGUGAAGAAACAUUGCCAAUAAUAGAGGUUAUGAUGGAGGAAGAAGACGUAAUAGUGAGAGCUGCUUUAGGAUCAGAAGGCUAUGGAAAGGAUUUGACGUUGUCAGAAUGUGUGCUCCCUUCAUGGAAGUCAGAUUCAACAGAAGUUUGUAGUGUAAGACUGGUUUUGUGUUUCCUGAGGCAUUUCAAAUAGCAAGCAAAGGAAAUAUUGUAUAUAUUACAUGAUAAAUCGUGUUUUCAAAAAUGCUAAAUCGAUGGAUAUUUUUCUUCUCUUUCAGUUUUUAAUCUAUAAAGGCAUGAAUCUUUGAAACCAUUUGGAAUUUAUUCUGAGGAAAACUAUGAGGUAAGGACCCAUCUUUUCUUUAAAGAUGGCUACCUAGUUGUCCUAACACCAGUCCAUCCUGUCCCCACUAAUUUUGUUUUAAUCUGCUUUUUCCUGUAUCAAAACUGUGGUUUAGAUUUUCUGACUAGCUCUAAAUCUGCUAAUGCUGAAACUGCUCGUUAUAUUUUCUACAUCAACCUCCAAGUUACCUUAUUUUAAACAAAAUAUUUUUUAUUUUUUUUGCCAGUACUUGAGACUCAAACUCAAGGCCUUACACUUACUAGAC